ACAUUGCCUCAUUAAGCAGAAAAGAGCAUUGGUCCUUGUGUGACCUCAGGUUCGCAGCUCGGUGGGAAUCGGCAGUUAAAGAGCGGGUUUCCAUCCAGCUAGUCUGUAAUGGCCCAGCUGCUCCUAAAGAAGCUUCACUGUCUUCACAGCUCGGUGACCCGCUGCAUAUUCCCUUGCAUAUCACUCGCAGGUUCCCGGCCGGUGUUCCCAGCUAUCCCGACUUAUUUCCUCCACAGUCACGGAGCUCAGCUGAGCUCCAACCGGACGUCGGUGGUCCGAUGCGGACGGCAGAAGUAUGAGCGGCAGUACUUAGUCCUCCUGGUCCGCCCGGACGGCUCCACUGUUAGCAUCAGAUACCAGGAGCCCAGACGGCUUCUCCUGAUGCCUGUAAACCUGUUGACUCUGCCUGAAGAGGAGCGCCGCGCUCGCCAGAAGAGGAGGGAAGUGAAGAAGACCAAAACACAGACAGUAGAUCUGUAUGAAGAUGACUUUAAGGUGGACAGCUACAGCCACUUGUGGAAAAAGAAAUGACUUCUGUAUUCACUGAUGUAAAAUUAGACAAAAUAGUUAAAACUGUUAAACAUAAAACUGGGUGUGUUUAUGUUGUGGCGAUAUUUGGCAGAACUACCACCGAGUGUCCUGAUUCAGAUGGCAGUGUGUGGUAUCUAUCUGGAAUACGGAAAGCUGAUUUGUUUGAUAUUCUCUGACAUGCUGCUGAUCAUCAGGUUACCAUGGCAGCAAGUCGUACUGAGCCAUGCUGGUGGCAGCAUUCCAAUGUUUCCAGCUCCAGGAGUCACUGUAGUGGCUGUGUAUAGAUCCUGCUUCUGACAUCACAUCAACCAGUUUUAUACUACAUGAUGAGAAAUACAUUACAUACCACUAUUAUUUUAUUUAAUAUCUAUAAAAUUCUUAAAAGUCAAAACCUAGUGAUGAAAUGUUCCACAUGUAUGAGCUGAUUAAAGGACUAAAUCCUUGCUGUGUUCAAUUUAACUUAUAAAAUCCUGUACUGAUCCCUAAGGGAAAUGAAGUGUGGAGCGUGUAAAUGCUUACUGGUAUAAGACCUGAACUGGACAUUAAUUCAGGUCUUAUACCAGUGGGUGGGUUAAAUGUGCUCUGGCAUUAUUAAAAUGAAAGCAGGAAAUGUUUUGCUUCAUUAAACGCUCCACUGUGCUGCAGAGCUUUUCCUCAGGAUAACAAGAGUACACAGAGAGAACCCAUGUCUGCUUUUUCAUAUAAAAUGAAAAAGCUUUAUUUCCUGGAAGGUACCAGUAAGAAUCUUCAUUUUGGAUAAAGAUGUUGAACAUCAGGAAUCUUUCCCUCACUGUCGGGAACAUCAGUCUGGGUAAUAAAACACAUCAGGAUUAAAAACUGAUUCUGACUUAA